AUGUCAGCAAAGACUCGCACUUCCAGCCUACUCCAAGGUCACAACCCAACCACUGAAACUACAGUCGAAUACCAACCAGUCUCCAUGGACUCCAAUGAGGAAUUCAGCAAACCUGAGCCCGAGUCCGGCGGGCAACUCGCUCAACCUCUACCGAAGGCUGUAGACCAACCUUCACCUCGCCGUGUCCGGUUCUGGUUCUGGUUCUCCGUCGCGUUCACGCUUCUCGCUCCAAUUGUUUCGAUCGUGUUGGGUAUCACCCUGCAUGAUAAAGAUAUGACUUAUCCUGUGCCUUCUGCGGAUAACUUCGACGGGCGUACUUUGAACUUUGAAGUCGUGUUGGUUGCAGCGGAUCCGAAGGACGGGACGAUGAAGGUCGAUUGGACGUUGGUGGGUGAAGAGAAGUCGCCGUGUAGGGCGGACAACUUGGACGCAUGUACCGAUGUCAAUGUGUUCUUCGACACGAACGUCCUUGCAUCGAAGGAUGACGACGACGAUGAUGGAGGGGAAGUCAAGAGCAGCGAUAGGCCAGACCGACCACUCUUCAAGAUUAAUGCGAGAGGGUUUGCGGAGAGGGAUAUCCUUUCGCGGGUACCUACCUUCCGAACGAAUCUCGCUCUUUACUCCAAGGAGAAGGAACCCGCCAGUUUAAUUUUCUACCCAUACACCUCAGAUAUUGUGAUGUGGGCUCGAGAAGUUGGAACGAAUGAAUCGGUUGCUGUUCGCAUUGGGCAGACUCGAGGUGUCGCAGUUGGUUUCCAAACUACCAUUUGGCAUCGUGAUAUUCGCGGGAGGGCUCCCCCACAUGUCCUGUCUGCUACGAUCGGGCUCAGCAGGAGCAGACUUGCCAAAGUUUACAGUAUCUUUGUGACCAUUGUUGUUUGGAUUGUGACUAUUAUCCUGACUCUCGUAAUGGCGACGAAUGUGUUCUUCGGGUAUAAGCAGAAAUCAGAGGUCUUGCUUAUCCCCGUUGCAACUCUGUUCGCUUUCACACAGUUGAGGCAGACCAUGCCUGGUGUUCCGGAAGGAUUUGGCAACGUUGUUGACUUUGUUGGAUUGGUACCAUGUCUUGCUUUCCUCUCUCUAUCGACCGCGUUCACUUUGGGCGCGUUCCUCUUCACCGAUCCUUCAGAAGACAGACCAGAGCUUCGGUGGAGGGAUAUCCGGAAGGUUGUUACGGGCCGCACUUAG